UGUCUUCCAUACUCCCCUGCUCUUUCUCACACUGCACGCACUGGAUUUGGUCUCUCAGCCAUCUCCACGACUACAUCCUCGCAUGCAUCCACUCUCACAUCCUUACCUGGUGAUGUCAGCAGUGUCCCUUCUCAAGGUAAAUUUAUUGAAUAUUCUGUUUUUUUAACAUUCUCAAGCAUAAAACCUCAGACUGUGCCAAACGGAAUCACAAAAUGCUCUGUCUUUCUCACACUGCAUGCACUGCAUUUGGUUUCUCAGUGAACGGCAUCUCCACAACAGAAUUCUUACCCACACGCACCUGGGUAUUCUUAAACGAUAAUGUGACUAAGGUCAAUUCUCAAAGUAAAGUAUCAUUGUAUUAUUGGUCAAUAUUUUAUAUUAAAUGUCCAGAUUGUUGUUAGUCAGGUAUUGAGAGUAUUCAGUAUGAGGAAACAUUCUAGCAUCUUCAGUCCAAAAUCUCAGCCACAUAACAGCCAUUUCAUAGCACUGUCAUCCAUAAUUCUCUGGCUGUACUAAGGCAAUCACAACAUGCUCUUUCUUCCACACCCCCUGCUCUGUCUCACACUGCACGCACUGGAUUUGGUUGCUCAGCCAUCUCCACAAAUCCAUCCUCACCUGCAUCCACUCUCCCAUCCUCACCUGUCACUAAUGUGAUUUCUAAAGGUAAACUCUCAUUGUAAUAUUGGGCAAUAUUCUUAACCAAAUGUGAUGCCAUUUUGGAUACAUUUUUGCGGUUUACGGCAUACAGGUUCAUCUUAUACUCUGGUAUCUUCAGUCCCAAAUCUACACCCCUUUACAGCUUCAUAACUGAAAUCUGCUCACUUGGAAAAAAAAACUCAAAUCAUCUGUAGCAAUUCAAUGUGAACCGUAACACUGAGAUUUUGCUAUUAGUGAUAACAAUGUGAUCUCUCUUCCAUGCUCCCCUGCUCUGUCUCACACUGCACGCACUGGAUUUGGUUGCUCAGCCAUCUCCACGACUACAUCCUCGCAUGCAUCCACUCUCGCAUCCUUACCUGGUGAUGCCAGCAGUGUCCCUUCUCAAGGUAAAUUUAUUGAAUAUUUUGUUUUUUUAACAUUCCCAAGCAUAAAACCUCAGACUAUGCCAAAAGGAAUCACAAAAUGCUCUGUCUUUCUCACACUGCAUGCACUGCAUUUGGUUUCUCAGUGAACGACAUCUCCACAACAGAAUUCUUACCCACACGCACCUGGGUAUUCUUAAAUGACAAUGUGACUAAGGUCAAUUCUUAAAGUAAAGUAUCAUUGUAUUAUUGGUGAAUAUUUUAUAUUAAAUGUCCAGAUUGUUGUUAGUCAGGUAUUGAGAGUAUUCAGUAUGAGGAAACAUUCUAGCAUCUUCAGUCCAAAAUCUCAGCCACAUAACAGCCAUUUCAUAGCACUGUCAUCCAUAAUUCUCUGGCUGUACUAAGGCAAUCACAACAUGCUCUUUCUUCCACACCCCCUGGUCUGUCUCACACUGCACGCACUGGAUUUGGUUGCUCAGCCAUCUCCAAAACUCCGUCCACACAUGCAUCCACUCUCACCUCCUUCUCUGGUGGUGUUAGCAGUGUACCUUCUGAAGGUAAAUUUUCAUUCUCUGAUUGAAUGAAGUUUUGCUAUUUGGAUAAUUAGGGAUUCAGUGUUUAGGAUCAUCUUAUGCUGCGUUAUCUCCAUCCCAAAAUCUCACCUCUGUAACAGUUGUUUCAUAACACUGUCAACCAUAACACUCCGGCCGUACUAAAACAAUCACAACAUCCUCUGUCUUCCACACUCCACUGCUCUUACUCACAUGCAUGCAUUGGUUUGUAUUUCUUGACAGCCAUGGUCACAACAAACCCACUUACAUCCACGUCUCAAUCUUCACCUACCAUUGUCAAAGAUGCAGGUGAAGUUCCAGUGAAUCAUCGUACAGUAUUUAUAACCAGCUAUGUCAGUUUAAUUUCAUGCAUUCAGAGUUUUCAGUAUGUUGGAUUGUAACUUAAAUUGGCAUUUUCAGGUCAAAAAAUCAGCUCCCUCACAGAAAUUUUGCAGCAAAAUCAAUCGAUCAUACCUAUGAGGUUCCUUCAAAGAAUUCACAACAAACAUUUUCCACUGCUUUACUGAAACUGCAUUUAAUUGAUAUGUUUAUUCAUAAAAUCCAAUUCCAUCUUGACACUCAUCUGAAAGCUUCAAUCAUACCAUUUACCAAGAUAAGGUUUUGAACCAAACAUACUGAUUUUUUUAACACUGCCAAAUAUAAACACUGACACGGUGCCCAAACUAAUCACAACAUGCUCUGUCUUCCAUGCUCCUCCGCUCUGUCUCACACUGCACGCACUGGAUUUGGUCUCUCAGCCAUCUCCACGACUACAUCCUCGCAUGCAUCCACUCUCGCAUCCUUACCUGGUGAUGCCAGCAGUGUCCCUUCUCAAGCCAUCUCCAAAACUUCAUCCUCACCUGCAUCCACUCUCCCAUCCUCACCUGUCACUAAUGUGAUUUCUAAAGCCAUCUCUACAACUCCAUCCUCACCUACAUCCACUCUCCCAUCCUCAACUGGCAAUGUCAGUAGUGUCUCUUCUCAAGCAAGCUCCACAACAUCACCUGCACACACUCUCACAUCCUCAUCUGCCGGUGGAAAUGCUACUGAAGGACGGAAAACCUCUGUUAAACCUUCAAGCCCUUCAAGCACAAGCACCUCUGACUUUGCACGCAGCACUUCCACACCUGCACUCACUGCAGACAGCAGCACCCUUGUGGUCACUUCUCAGACUAUAGGCUCUACAGACCGUCCCUGUGGAAACUUCUCAGUUAGUGAGACGCAAUAUGGCAUCGCAGUUAAGGUAAACAAUGAUCAGUCAGGUACUGUAACAUUUGAAGACGAGGAUGGUGACAAGCACAGCACAGAAUUACAAAACAAGGAGAUUUCACUGAUGCCCUGUACAAAGUACAGUAACAUAAGCGUAACUCAAGGAUCCUGCACCUUAAAAUCAAAUUCAUCAUUAUCCAUCAAAACCAAAGACAUCGCUGCAGAUGACAUCAGGUUAAGUUUGAAAAAUGAUGAGUUAUGUUACUCAAUGGAAUGGAAUAUGAGUAAUGUAAUUCUUGCAAUUUCUGGUGCUGGAAACAAAUCAAAUUCUAAGAAAAGUUGUCUUAAAAUGAAGGUGGGAGAUUCUUGCAAAAAUUAUAACAUCACUGUCACAGCAAAAAGAUGUAACAUCAUCAAGGAAUAUCAUCUAGGACCAGUUAUAGAAAAGAACUCACUGACCUAUCCUGGAACCUGGCCACCAAAAAUAGAAUGGGCAAAUCGACCCGAGAACUGCAGUAACGUCAUGCUUGAUUACAGCUGCAGAGAUACAAGCAAAGAGGGUCUCAGCCUUGAGCAACUGAUACCACAGCGCAAUUACAACUGCACUGCGAACAUACGUUACAGAGGUGACACCUUCAUUGUUAGUGAUAUAGCAGUUGACAUCAACUGUGAUAUAAACAUUUACCUGCACGAUAAGACAGAAAAUACUUCUGUUCAGCUCACGUGGAACAGUACAAGCAGUCAGUGUCCUCUGCUCCGGCAUAAUCUCACUUUUAAAAGUUGCAACAAAAGAGAAGGCAAGUGCCAGGAAAACCAGCAUGAUUUCACAGGGCUAACACCAUUCAAAUAUUAUACAUUCUCUGUGACAGCCUUGUACAAUGGAACAGCUCUAAGACCAACUGUGGAAAAAACUAUCCAGACCCUUCCUGGCAAACCGACAAAGCCAGUGGAAAUUCGCAUUGAUGAAACAAGUCAUAAUUCCUUCAAAUUUUCUUGUGAAUUUAAAGGAGAAAUGCUCGGCCCUGAAAAGAUAUUUGAAGCAAAAUUAGAAAGGAUUGGUUAUGAUGCAGGAACAUUUGAAAAAGUCAAUAAGGAUUUUUCCUAUGCAAAUCUUCAUUAUUUAUCAUCAUACAGAGUGACGGUUAGAAUGUGGAAUGGCCGUUUUUACAGUGAUGAUGCAUCCAAGCAAUUUGAUACCAAGUAUAACGAUAAAGCCUUAAUUGGAUUCCUGGCGUUCUUUAUUGUUCUUGUGUCGCUGGCCCUCCUGUUUGUCUUGUAUAAGAUUUAUGUUCUUCAGAAGAGGAACUCAUACAAUAACGAUGAGCGGCUGGAACUCAUUGGCAAGGAUGAAGAUCAGAGCCUGUUGAAUGUGGAGCCCAUCACAGCAGAGCUCCUCUUAGAUACCUACAAGAAGAAGAUAGCUGACGAGGGCCGUCUUUUCCUGGCUGAAUUUCAGAGCAUUCCCAGGGUUUUCAGCAAAUUUCACAUCAAGGAAGCCAGGAAGCCCUGCAAUCAGAUCAAAAAUCGCUAUGUUGAUAUCCUGCCAUAUGAUCACAAUCGUGUCCAGAUGUCUUCAAGUGCUGAUGGGUCGGAUUACAUCAAUGCCAGCUUCAUAGAUGGCUACAAGGAAGCAAAGAAGUACAUCGCUGCACAAGGGCCUAAGAAUGAGACUGUGGUUGAUUUCUGGAGAAUGGUGUGGGAGCAACAGUCAUCUAUAAUCGUCAUGGUGACCCGCUGUGAAGAGGGAAACAGGAACAAAUGUGCUCAGUACUGGCCAUCCCUGGAUAGAGAAACGGAGAUUUUUGAAGAGUUCAUUGUGAAAAUCAACGGAGAAGACCACUUUCCAGAUUACAUCAUUCGACGCCUUUGUGUCACCAAUAAGAGGGAAAAAUCCACAGAGAGGGAAGUGACCCACAUCCAGUUCACCAGCUGGCCGGAUCAUGGGGUUCCUGGGGAAGCUCACCUUCUCCUCAAGCUGCGUCGACGUGUCAAUUCUUUCAAAAACCUCUUCAGUGGACCCAUCAUUGUCCAUUGCAGUGCUGGAGUAGGACGCACAGGGACCUAUAUUGGCAUAGAUGCCAUGAUGGAGGGACUGGAAGCAGAAGGAAGAAUGGAUAUUUAUGGAUACGUGGCCCAGCUUCGACGUCAGCGGUGCCUCAUGGUGCAAGUGGAGGCCCAGUACAUCUUGAUCCACCAGGCUCUCCUUGAACAAACUCAGUUUGGUGACACUGAGAUCCCUCUCUCUGAAAUGCACUGUACACUGAAGACCUUGAAGCAAAGGGAUUCGGAUUCUGAACCCACCCUUUUGGAAACCGAAUUCCAGAGGCUGCCAAAGUACAAAAACUGGCGGACACAAAACACGGGAAUAAACGAGGACAACAAGAAGAAGAAUCGUUAUUCCGCUGUUGUUCCAUAUGAUUACAACCGAGUCACUAUAAAAUGUGAGGAAGAGAACAGCCAUGAAAGUGAACAAGAUGAGGAUGAGGAUUAUUCAACUGAUGAAGAUGAUGAGGAUUCUACCAGAUACAUCAAUGCCUCCUACAUAGAUGGAUAUUGGGCCCCAAGGUGUAUCAUUGCUACUCAGGGUCCUCUUCCAGACACCAAGGCAGACUUCUGGCUCAUGAUAUUCCAGAAGAAAGUCAAAACAGUUUUCAUGCUUACAGAGUGCAUGGAGGGGGGCAAGGAGUUCUGUUCACCAUACUGGAGUGAUGAAAAGAAGGUGUUUGGAGAUAUUGAGGUAGAAGUGAAGGACUGUAAUACCUGCCCGGCAUACCAAAUUCGCUGCGUGGAAUUGCGUCACUUAAAGAAGAAGGAGAAUCGCAAGGUGUACCAGUACCAGUUCCAGCAGUGGACGGAGAAGAAUCUUCCGGAAAAUCCACAGGACCUGAUAGACAUGAUGAAGACGGUCAAGAGCAGGACAGAGUUCGACAAAAUCAGACCUGAGAGGAACAUGCCUAUUGUGGUCCACUGCAACGAUGGAUCAACACGGACUGGGCUUUUCUGCGCCCUCUGGAACAUCCUAGACAGCGCUGGGACCGAGAAGCUGGUUGACAUAUUCCAGGUGGUGAAAACACUGCGGAAGGAGAGGCAGGGAGUGAUAACGAGCUUGGACCAUUACCAGUUCCUCUAUGAUAUGACAGAGAGCGCCUUCCCUGCCCAGAACGGUGAAGUCAAGCAAACCCCAGCCAAAGGAGCGGACUCUGUGGAUAUGGUGGAUGAGACGAAAGAGGUUAUAGAGCCGAAGAGCAGCACUACCGAAGCCGGCCAGCAGGGGGACGCUGAAGAAGAGGCCCCGGGGCAGACUGAAUCAGACAGCAAGGUGGAGACCGAGAAACCUACGGAGGACGGUACCAAAGAGCCCAGUGCUAAUAAAGAGAAAGCCGUAGAAGAUGGUGCCAAAGAGCCCAGUGCUAUCCAGGAGAAAGAAAUGGAAGAAGGCGUCGCUAAUGGUCCCACUGUCAGUGCGGAGAAUUAGGAGAAAAUGUACAAUGAAGUUUUCAGUGUGUGAUAUAUUCUGCCAUGAAAAAUAUGUCAUAAGUCAUAGUUUUCCUCUUUUAUUGUGAAACUUUUUUCCUGUGAAUAUUUCUUCCUGCAUUUAAAAAUAUGAAUGUAAUGUAAAUUUAACAUGAAUUGUGGUACUUCAGUCAUUAUGUGUAUAUUAUAAUAUAAUAUACAAUACAAAGUCAAACAUAGAUGUCAAAGUUUGCAGCACUAUGUUAUAAUCAAACUAUAUUUUAAAUGUUUUUAAGUACCCUUUGAGAUGAUCAGCUUUGUGUUACUGGAAAUGGGAUGUGGAAUAUUUGAAAAUGCACAAAUAAACCUAAUUCCAAAUAA